AACAGCAAAAACAGUACCCCACCCCAACACAAGCAACAAAAGCAAAAGCAGCAGCAACAGCAGCAACAGCAGCAGCAAACCCAAAAGCAGCAGCAACAGCAACAGCAGCAACAGCAGCAACAGCACAGGGAGCAGCAGCAACAGCAACAGCAACAGCAG